AUGCUUUCAAAGAAGGAGGUGGACCGCGUGAGGGAACUAUCCUCCUCACGCCCAAGCUGUCGCAAUAGGCGACACUCCGGGCGCCGUGGAUCGAGCGACGAUCUCUGGCUACCUAUACCCAACUUAAUCCCUCUGAACGCGUUUAAAACCGCUCUCAGACCCAUAAUUCUGGUUGUUGAAAAAAGGCUUAAAGCUGAUAAAUUGUUUCAGACUGCCCUGUCGCGACGGAAGGAGUCGGCGGCUCCAUUGACGGGGGAAAGAGAAAGUACAAUAUUCCGACAUGGCUUCGGAUAUCCUCUCGCUCUGGUGUUAAGACUGCGAGUUUUACAGAUAGUAUGUGGCAUAUCAGCUAUGGUGAUGGGCAGUGUGGCCUUCAUAGAAGAAAGACAGAAGUUCAAUAUGGGGCUGGGGAUCCCUGCUGGGGGAAUCAGCAUUUUGGCAGCAGCGGUAUCAAUUCACACGUCACGUGGUUGGAGCGCGAUGUCAGGCGUAGCGGGUGCGGGGGCGGGCGCGGCGGGCGUGCUAUGGGCGGCCGCAGCCUGCCUGCUUAUAGCCCUCGUCGUGCAGUGCUGCAGAACUAUUUUAGAUCCACCUGGAAUUGAUCAUGGAGACGGCCCCAACGAAGAAGACACUAUACCAUCUUCACGCGAUUUAGUAGUAAUCGCUUGCGUGCAAAUCGCUCUCGCUGCCGCUACGCUACUGAGCGCGGCGAUCUGCGCGCGCAUCGAUUGCGGAACAUGA